AUGGCGGUAGCGCUGCCGGCGCGCCGCCCAAGUCCGGGGCAGCGAAUCGAUUUCCCCGCGAAGGCACUUAUCGGUGCUCCGCUGAUCAACACGACGCCGAUCCUGACAAAGAGGAGCGAGCUGACGGCGAUGACGACGACGACGACGACGACGACGACGACGACGACGACGACGACGACGAAUCUGAUGACAACGAGCCGGCCUUGACAUCGACCACAACCCCAUCGAGACCCACGACUGGACCUACUACACGACGCAUCAGGAGUGGCUACGACACGCGACUCGGUCACUAUGACCCGUUCGGCGUGGGCCGCUCCCUCGAUCGUGUGACUCCGGCUGAUUUGUCGGCGCCGUCGUCGACCUCUCCUCUCCCGUCCUUGUCGCCGUCACGCCCACCCCUCUUCGACGACUCGGACGAAGACGACGACGACGACGACGAAACGAGUCGCAUCUACUACCUCUCCAACACCGAUGACGAGGACGACGAGGACGAUGAUGUGCUGUGUACUCCAACCUCGGCGGGUAGCGGCCCCGUGCGCCGCGUAUCGCUCGGCCUUAUCCGCGAACCGGUCAAGACGAUGGCCGUCAACGACCCGCUCCUGUCGCCUCCACCACCGCCGAUGCCGAUUCUGGCGUUUGGUAGACAAGGGCCUAAAUCGGCUUGGCUGCCCGCGUCCCCUCUUACGACGUCCUUGGUGUCCCCCACGAUGACCCCUCCGACCCUCACGACCGCGACUUCGCCUUCGUUCCCCGCCUUUCUUUCGACGAGUCCCACCUCGAUGACGUCGUCGAUCUUGACUGCCGAACGCAGCUCAGGGGGAUGGGACGCUACUGUAUCUGGCGGUACCAUGGCCAAGCCGCUUUCUCCCGUGUCGCCGCCGCCGCCGACGACGACAUCGACGACGGCGCCCAAAGUGUCGCUGCUGACCAAGUCGCUCCGCUCCCUCGCGAUCUCGCUGCCUAAUCUGCAACUCCCCGGUCUGCGCCCACCUCGUCUCUCGCUUGAUCUCGAAGGUCUGGACGCCGGUGAGCGUGCACCCUGGAACAGGCCUCGCCGUGCAUCGUUCGGCGCUGUUGAUUCCUCGCUCGCGAUCGCGGGUGCGACUCCGAGCGUCGAGUCGUGGGCAGAGAACGCGGACGAGGUGUUGACGAUGUUCCAACUGCAAACAUUUUCGACCCCACCUUUGGCGAGCUCCGUCAACUCGCGCCAAGAUCCUGCUUCGACUUCGACCUCGGCCGACCGCUCGGCGAAGAAGAAGUCGGCGGUGCCGGUCUCGCCCGUGCCGAUUGCGCCCGCUCCGACGGUGAUGAUGCCUCGCUAUGUCUCGAACCAACGCCACUUGCUGAUGCUUUCGCUCGAGUUGGAAAUGAUGCGUCGCCACAAGAUCAGCGCGCCGUUGAGGGGCAGGGCCGUCGUCGUUCGUGCGGCGACGCCUCCGAGGGGUUCGAGUCCGAUGUCGAGCGGUGGGAGUGGGUUGAGGUGGGAGGUGAUGCCCGCUGUUUGA